AUGGCAGUCGAGGCUGUCGCCACUGUGUAUUCUGUAACGGGCGUUGCUUUUCGACUAGCAUGCUACAUUUUACUGCGCGUUAUCCCCUCCCCACUUGCUCUCAGUGCUAUCGCCCUACUUUUUGUAGCACAUGCGACAACCGUCCCUUUCCUCCCGGCAAACACCACAACCGAAAGUCGACCAUACCGUGCAAUCUUGCUCUCAUACCCCUCAAAACUUCGUGCUAAUGCGAUUAUCACCGGACUCAUGCUCCUGAUGGUUGCUGAGUUCGUACUCACUCCAUUCUUUGACCCCGCCACCGCUCUCAACUUUUCGCGUGUUGGAGCUGUGUCCUCAUCGACGGCCAAGAUAUCGGUACGCUCCGCCGAACAAAACCAAACCAAGCAACUGCUCUAUCGAGAGUACCGCAUGGACAAUGAAUUGUCGUGGAAAACAGGACCUCUCCUGUCUUUUACCGAAGAAGAUGACUGGGUUAGCACAGUGAAGCUGACCGGUCUGUGGCCCAACACUUCAUAUCAAUACGCUCUCGCUGACGUCAAUCGCACUGUUCUCUCGGGUCCCUUCAGCUUUCAGACCUUCCCUGACGCACGCUUAUCAACUGGCUCUCACUUCCGCUUUGUCGCUUCGUCUUGCAUAACCCCCAACUUCCCUUAUGUCCCCUUCCACGGCCGCACAAUCAAAGGUUUUGAUGCAUUAGCUCGCUAUCUCUUUCCGACACCAGACUCCUCUCCGCUGGCCGAGUUCCUGCUCCUUCUCGGUGACUUCAUCUACAGUGAUGUUCCUGUGCGCAUUGCGGACGACAAACAAGCCUAUCAACGUCUCUAUCGUCGCAAUUACCAGAGCUCAAGCUUCAGAAAAGUCUACGAACGUCUACCCAUUUUCCACACUUAUGACGACCACGAAUUUAGGAAUAAUUUUGCCGGCGCUGGCUUAGACCCUCCACCAUUUGCUAAUGCAUCUUCUGCUUACAAGAUCUACAACGCGAACCCUAAUUUCGACUCCCCAAAGGAUCAGAAUUACUACUCCUUUACUUACGCCGAUGUUGCAUUUUUUGUUCUUGACACGCGCCGCUACCGCACCGGCGGCGAUGUUGAGUCCCCCACAAUGCUCGGAGACACCCAACUCGCCGCGCUCCACGCAUGGCUCUCACAUGCAAACAGUACCGCCUCGUUCAAGUUCAUCAUCAGCUCUGUGCCAUUCACGUCUCUUUGGGGCCACGACGCCGCCUCAGACUCCUGGGCCGCCUAUCCUGCAGAGAAGGCGGCCGUUCUCGCCGCGCUCCACUCAGUCCCCAAUGUUGUGAUCCUAAGUGGAGAUCGACACGAGUUUGCGUCGAUCGAAUUCAACGCGCAGCACUUCCACACUGUCCGCGAAUACUCGACAUCGCCGCUCAACAUGUUCGACAUUCCCUUUUACCGCACGCUGAGUAAGCGGUCUGCGGAGACUGUUGCCCAAGCGCGAGAGGUCGUGAGUGAGGACGGCGUCAAGUCGACGGAGGACGUGGAGGUGCCGAAGGAGAGGGUGGUCAAGUAUCUGGCGCGUGGAAACAUAAAGUGGUCCACAUUCGAAAUCGACACAAGAAACUUGACACAGCCAACCCUGCGCGUCGACGUUGUCAUUGGCGGCAAAGUCCGCUACCGUGAGGAGCUGAUUGGCAGCCCCGUAAAACUGCAGGCCUCGAACGCGUUGGGCGCCUUUGUCACCACCGGGCUCAAGGAAGCGUUCAAUAGGAUAGGCAUCAACCCCAGUAGAUGGUUCUAA